CGUAGCACUGGAUACUUCCCCGCCUCGCACCACUCGGCGCCAGCUGCUCUGACUUCUCCCCCACCCCACUGACACUCUCUCACGUCGGCGACUCACCCCCCACCCCUCGAGUCACGCGGCACCUACUAAUGGCCGCGGGAUCUCGCCGCCCGCACCGCCGGAGAUGAAGCCCCGCCAUCUCCCGCCGGUCCUUGUACUCGCCUUGCUUUCCCUCCUCUCACUUUCCCUCCGCCGCCAACUCACCCCCCUACAGCCGCCGCUUCGCCCCGCGGCCGGGGACCCGCUCCUUCGUCGCCUCGCCGCGGUGGAAGGUGUGGGAUCCGAGCAAGUCCUUGCCGACGCGGCUGCACUGCUCGUGAAUGGCUCGAUAUCCACGUUCCCCAGCCUUGGCAACCGCCAGCGCCUCCUCUACCUCCGCCUCCCGUUCGCCCGCACCGCCCGCGGCCCGCCGAGGCCGAGGACCGUGUCCCGCCUCCGCAUCCCCGCGGAGGCACUCCCCUCCGACGAAUCCCUGCUCGCGUCCUUCCGCACGUCCCUCCACUCCUUCCUCCUCGCCCACCACCGCCGCCGCCGGGGCGGAACCGGUAAUGUGGCCAGCGUCAUGAGCUCGCUCGCCGGCGUCCUCGGACGGCGCUUCCCGACCUGCGCGGUCGUCGGGAAUAGCGGCGCGCUCCUCGGCUCCGGCCGCGGACCGCAGAUCGACGCGCACGAGCUCGUCAUCCGCCUCAACAACGCACGCGUGGCCGGCUUCGUCGCCGACGUCGGCGCCAAAACCUCGCUCUCCUUCGUCAACUCCAACAUCCUCCACCUCUGCGCGUCCCGCAGUGCCGCCACCGCCGCAGGCUGCGGGUGCCACCCGUAUGGCCCCACCGUGCCCAUGGCCAUGUACAUCUGCCAGCCAGCGCACCUCCUGGACGCCCUCAUCUGCAACGCAACCGCCACCCACGCCUCCCCAUUCCCGCUCCUCGUCACCGACGCGCGCCUGGACGCGCUCUCGGCGCGCAUUGCCAAGUACUACUCGAUUCAGCGAUUCGUGUCGGACACGGGUGCUCCGGCGAGCAACUGGACCCGGAAGCACGACGAGAGGUACUUCCACUAUUCCUCAGGUAUGCAGGCGGUGGUGAUGGCGCUUGGGGUGUGCGAGGAACUGAGCCUAUUCGGGUUCGGCAAGCCGGCAGGGGCCAAGCACCAUUAUCACACCAACCAGAAGAAGGAGCUGGACCUGCACGACUACCAGGCGGAGUACGAUUUCUACGGCGACCUCCAGGCGCGACCGGAGAUGGUGCCGUUCCUUGACGAGGCCCAAGGCUUCACGGUGCCGCCGGUCAGGUUGUACUGGUGAGGUGCCUUAACUGUGUGUAUUACUGUGUUGUUGUUGUAAAAUUGAUACUACUACACUUGAUUGACAAAAUGUCAAUUUAGCCGACAGAGAAUUGUAAAUUAGGGGCAAUGGAAAUGAAAGUCUCACUGAAAUUUGUAAGCAGAAAUGUAGGCCAGUUUGGUGAUCAGAUGGUUCAGAUGAUGGGAAUCCGCAAGUUCUUGUUUGUACUA